AUGGAUGAUAGUACGGGAUCACAUCGCGAUGAGGUAGCACCACGCGUAUUGAAAAAGACUUUGCAACUGAAAGCAAGGAAGCCUGACACUGAAAGUUUGAAGGUCUUAGGUCGAAUAUUGAAGAAGACACAAUGUUUAACUCUUGUUAGAAAAUAUGGGGAAAUUCUAGAUCUACUGGAAGUUGAUGUGCAAGUAGAUGCGAUCACUGCGGUUACUCAGUUUUACGACCCACCUCUGAGAUGCUUCACCUUUCGAGAUUUCCAAUUAGCACCUACUUUGGAAGAAUUCGAGCAGAUUCUGGGUUUGUCUUUGGAAAAAUAUGAGAAACCAUAUCGCUACUCGGGGCAUUAUCCUUCUUUGCAUACUAUUGCCGAUGUCCUCAAAGUUCAUGUGAAGGAUUUGCAAGAGAAGAAACAAAACAGAAAUGGGAUCGAUGGAUUUUCAAGAAAGUACCUGGAGGAACACCUUCACCACUUAGCUGGAAUUGAAGACUGGGAAGCUUUCAUUGAUGUGCUAGCUCUCACCAUUUAUGGCAUUCUCAUAUUUCCAAAUGCUGAUGAGUUUGUGGACUUCGCAGCUAUAGAUGUGUUCUUUGCUCGCAAGUUUAGAGGUGAAAAUCCUGUUCCGGCCAUUCUUGCUGAUGUCUACUAUACUCUAAAUUUCUGUCAUGAGAAGAAAGGAAAAAGAAUUUUGUGUUGUUUGCCGAUGUUAUUCAUAUGGCUCACUGCCCAUGUCUUCAAAAGAGGAUACGAGAUCUCAUACCCCAUCACUGAGUUUCACAGAUAUCAGUUAGGAGUCAAGAGUGGUCGUGAAUGGGCCCAAAUUUUAGCACAGCUGGAUGAAAAGAGCGUCCGAUGGUAUCCUCGAUGGGUCGAAAGAGAAAAUUUGAUCUACCAAUGUGGGGAUUUCCCCAAUGUGCCUCUCAUGGGUACCAGAGGGUGUAUCAAUUACAACCCAUCCUUGGCACGACGACAACUUGGCUAUCCUAUGAGAGGAGCUCCUACGGAGGAGAUGAUAACUCCAUUCGUCCUUUAUGAUAUGAACCCAGUACAUAAUGAGACCCUCAAAAGGGUUCGAGAUGCUUGGAACAAUGUCAUUAGAAUGGGGAAAGAGUUGAAGACCAAAAAUUGUGGAGUCCAAAAUAGUUACCGACAGUGGGUUACAAGUCGAGCACGAGAAGUGAAGCUACCUUUCCAAGCUCUGACAGUCACUACAAGUGGUGAAUCAUCAAUGUCUGCCUCCCACGACAACGAAGAAAUAAGAGAAAUACAAGGAGAAUUGGUGAGGGUUGAAGAAGAGAAGAAGAAGAUUGAAGUAGAACUUAAGGAAACUCGACAAAGAUGCGAGACCCUUGAACAAGAAAAUAUGAAGAAGAACCUUACUCUUGAAAGAGCUGAUAAAAGGGCCAAAAUUGAGGAAAAUUAUAUGCUAAAAACUAAAGGGUGCCUUCAGGCAGCAAACAAGGAAUUAAGCCUCCGAAGAAAUGAAAGAGAUGAGGCUAUUACUAAGAGCACACAACUUGAAGAGUUACUCAAAAAUUCUAGUGCGGCGUAUAAAGAUUCAAGGAGGCAAAUGGCAGAAAUGGGGCGACAAAUGGAGAUGAGAGCUGCAAAAUAUGAAGACAGGCUAAAAAAGGAAAAACAGUCUACAGAGGAAGUGAUCAUGAUGUACCAAGAUGCAAUUCGAAGAGAGCAAGAAGAAGUACAAAGGCUAACUGAUUACAUCGGAGGGCAAGAUGAAAUCAUUGCUGCGUGCAGACAUGAAGUAGCAUUCUGGAUGACUCGUUUUUCCAACUUAGCUGAAAUCUCUAAUGAUGCAAUUAAAAACAUCCCGAACAAAUUAGGAAUGGCAGAGGCACUGGUGAACCCCCUCACUACUCCUGCAGAGAUUCGCGACUUUAUUGAGUAUUGUAGGAAUUUGAUUGUGAAAAUGAAACAAUCGAUCAUCAGGCGCAUGUAA